CCUUGAUCAAGAUCUGCUUGCUAGUAAGUUCAUCACCAAGUUGUAUCUCGACUCCCCGAACAUUUGACCCUGACAACGUUCUCUUGCUUUUACUACAUUCUCAUCACUUAUUGGCUGGUAUCUAGCUUCAAUACCAUAUCUUGAAGGGCUAGGUUAGAAUACUGCCGUCCAACGCAACUAUCUCUGUCAUUCGCAUACUACCUACCCUCCUCCACAAUCGUAUAACUCUCGCGGGACAUCGAUUUUUAGUCUCUUUUAGGACUCAGGACCCUUUUCAGGCGUGACGUCUGGCGUGAGACUGCUACGUCAGUCAAGCCCUGAAGGUACGUGUCUGGUUAAUUUGCAUACGGCGCAUUACAUCUAUCGUCUCUAUUCGAACUCUCCAUUCAUCAUGUCCUUUCCGCCACCUCCAGGUCUGAAGCAAGCGCCGUCGUCGCUCCCGCCGCGGCCACCAAACACAGCAUCUCCUUCCCCUGCAUCCUUUCAACCCGCAUACUCGGCUGCACCAUCGUAUGCGUCCGCAGGGACCAGCAGUAGCUAUGGCGGCAACGGGCCCCGAGCUGGUUACAAUGCUUUCACUGCAUUCCAGCCGCGUUCGGUAGCUUCUACUCAGUCAUACCGCACCAGUAGCCCCGUCGUGUCCGCUCCACCAGCAACCUCAACCGGAUACUCCACUCCCGUUACGGCAGGCUAUGGUAGCUACUAUUCACAACCACAGCAAACAUAUCAAGGUGGGGCCUCUUACUAUGGCUCUGCUCAGUAUAAUGAUAACACAUAUGGUCCGUCCGUGCCUCGGAUUCAGAAUCCUUUUCCCGCUGCGGGAGCUGACCAGUCAAACAAUUACGGAACGCGCGGGAGGAACUAUGGACGCAAUGAUUCUGGUUUAGAUCCGGAGACAGAAGCACAGAUCGCACAGUGGCAAAGUGCUUAUGCGAAUAAAGACGAAACACAGGUACCAGGCAAGGUUCCUGGCCGUCGAGACGUAAACGCGAUACCAGGCACCGGCUCCGGUGUGAACACACCAUCCGGCCCCGCGACGGCAGCAAGCACCCCUGCACCCGUUACAGGCCAGCCCGAGUCACAGAAUACCGUUGUCCGCUCCGGCGGCGGGCAAACCUGGACCGAUUCUUCUCUUUUGGAAUGGGAUCCCGCACAUUUCCGUCUUUUUGUAGGAAACCUUGCCGGUGAGGUCACAGACGACUCACUGCUAAAGGCGUUUUCGAAGUACACCUCAGUCCAGAAAGCUCGUGUGAUCCGCGAAAAACGCACUCAAAAGAGCAGAGGAUACGGAUUUGUCAGUUUCAGCGAUGGAGAUGACUAUUUCAAGGCUGCAAGGGAAAUGCAAGGGAAGUAUAUUGGGUCACACCCUGUCUUACUCCGUCGUGCCACUACUGAGGUCCGUCCGGUGGCUAACGCGAAGAAUGGGAAAAGGCACGGCGGCGGAGGUGGCUCGGGAGGUGGCCACGGUGGAGGAAAAGUCAAGCACGAUGGGAUCAGGAAGCCUGGAAAGACCAAGGGCGGACUGAAGAUCAUUGGUUGAUACUGUGAUUUUAGACUGAGUAUAUGCUGAACAUUUUCCGUAAAAUAUAAUGAUAUCAUUUUACUCACAGCUUAUCAACUUACGCUAACGCAUCUUCAAGGCACUUUCC